UGCAGACGCUCCUCCGUCCCCCCCCCUGUGCGGCCGCCGGUGCGUGUGCUUGUGACUGCCUGCGCGUUCAGGUUAAUCGGGGCGGCGCUUGGAAAGCUAGGAGUUAAUUAAAGGCCGGCGGCCAGUAGCACUACGAGCAGAGCAUCGAGUAAGCAGUUCCCGGGGGGGGGGGUGAGGGCUUCGCUUGUUUACCUUAGGAGCGCUAUUGAGCCCCAGGCUGAGUCUGCACCCGCUGCAGUCAGGAACGCCGCUUAAACAGGCUCUCCCCCAGUGCGCGGACUCGCCAGGCUUGUGCACGCCGCUGAUCGCCAGUGGGUGUGUGCUUGCAGCUCCUACCCGUCUGUGUGAAGGCGAAGCCUGAGAUCCAUACAUCAUAAGGCUGGGGUGCGGUGAGAAUCAAGAUGGAAGGAGUGGGGUCUUUCGGAGCUGGGAGAGCUGGCGGAGCUUUCGACCCUGUCGCCUUCAUCAAACAGCCACAGACAAUCCUUAGAAUACUGUCCUGGAUUUUCUCCAUUGUGGUGUUUGGUUCCAUAGUGAACGAGGGCUACAUCAACAGCGGCAGCGAGAAACUGUACUGUAUUUUCAACAAGAACGACGACGCCUGCAGCUAUGGGAUUACCAUCGGGGUCAUGGCAUUUUUCGCCAGCAUCUUUUUCUUCGUCUUGGACAUUUAUUUCCCUCAGAUCAGCAGUGUGAAGGACCGGAAGCGGGCCGUCCUUCUGGAGAUGGGGUUUUCAGGUUUUUGGACGUUCCUGUGGUUCGUGGGCUUCUGCUUCCUGGCCAACCAGUGGCAGCGCACUUCUCCCAAAGAGCUUCCUCUCAACCAGGGAGCAGACGCUGCGAGAGCCGCGGUGGCCUUCUCCUUCUUCUCCAUCCUCACCUGGGCUGGCCUGACUGUGAAGGCGGUACAGAGAUACCGGCUAGGCACAGACAUGUCGCUGUUCGCUACGGAUCCCGUCGACGGCACCCCCACUGUCCAGCCGUACCCCGGCUACCCCACUGGCAGCGGCAUCGAGACGACGGACACCUACCAGAGCCCCCCUUUCACCGAGAACCUGGCCACCAACGCCAAGAGCUACCAGGUGCCCACCUACUAGACGGCGGGGGUGUCCACGGGGUGGGGAGGGGAGCGGGUGUAAAUCCGAAAACAAACUUGCGUCUGAUCCGUGGUAUGGUGCAGUGAUGUCUCAUUGGGUGGGUAUCUGCAAAUGAACCAUGACUUUUUUUGUUUGUUUUUGUUUACGUGCCUCCGAACGACGGCUGGCGCGCCAGUGUAGUUGUGCUGUGACCUCUGUACAGCAGCGGUAUGUCGGUUGUAAUUUCAUCUUUGUCCUGAUAGGUAGGUAGCUACGUAGGUCUUUGCGAUGCCAUGGUAGGUGGUGCCACUUUGAAAACCUGCCGUGUUCUCCCUGAGUGCUGACCUUAUUUAGCGUUGAACUUAAAGCAAAGCCAUCAGAGCCAUUCCCUGAAGCGCCGUGCGAAUUUACGAAGAAUAUUACUUAAUGGGCGCGUUUAAUGACCCAGUAGCAGUAACAGCUGCUCCCAUGUUUACACGGUCUCUCGGUUUUAGGGACUGGUAGCGCUGCACAUUCUGUAGCGCAGAUUACACUUUGGAAUAAAUGGCACCUUUCUCAUUUAAAAAAAAAAAAAAGAUUCUCCACUUAUUCAGAUUUCAUGCUACACCUACAAGCUGUGCUCUAGUUUUCCCACGAGGUUCCAUUAGAAUAAAUUUACCAGUGGACUGUAGUGAAUUCAGUUAAAAUUGGGGUGUCCAGUAUCUAAAAACUAAAUAAACCCUUCUUGACCACGAUUACAUCAGAUCAGACUGACUUGAGACCAGGCAGAGUGGAGUCAAAUCUGUUCUAGAUCCCAAAGAUGCCAAUUGAGAGGGGCUAUUUUUCAUAAUUGUGCAAUUUUAUCAACAAGUAAGCAAAAACGCCACUGAAAAGUUCAGAGAGAAAAAUAGGGUGGGAAUUUCACAAAAAUUAGAUUUCUAAGCUCCGUUCUGGAAGAAACAGUAAUGUGCACAGUGCCAUAUGCUACAGAUGGAUGUUUGGAUGUUUGAAAUUGAUGGAUUGGUUAAUGCUCAUCCUCCAAUACUUCGCAAUAACAAGUUGUAAUCCAUUCAAUUAACCAUCCUAAAGGUUACAAUCCACACAUUUAACUGGAUGAUCAAUGUAAAAAACAUUAAAACGUAUUCACAUUAUGAGCUGUUAGAUCUGUGCUCUAUAUUGGUACUUGAGUUAUUAAUGUUCAGGGCUUUGUGAAGGAUGCUUUCCUUCAAGACCCUGUUUAGAAAGUUUGACUAUACAGCUGACAAGAGGACCGACUGCAUUAAAAAAUAAGAUCCUGAGCCAGUAGUUCUCAGUCCUGGGGUAAUACGUCUGCUGGGGGGUUUGUUCCAGCUGAGCCUUUAAGCACCACUGCUAAUUUAUUUUAAACUCCUGUUUCAGGCCAUUUUUUUCAAAUUUACAUUUAGCUCUUAAAAAUCUAAAUUAGAAGUGGAAUUAGCAUGAACCCUAUGCUAACCAGUUUCCGGAUUGUCCUCAUUCAGGUGAGCAGGCAGAAAUAUUAGCAGCUGGACUUAAUCAGAAGGAAAAAAACCACUGACUCACUGUGGGAGUGCCUGUUCAUCUUUCAUUAAGAGCUGUUUAGCCAGAAAUAAGGGAGGAUCUUUUUCAUUAUCAAGCUGAACAGAGACCGCUAGGCUGAAGGUACUGGAAAUAAAGCACUUCAGGCUAUAUUUGAAACCAAGGAGUGCAGGGAAAAAAAAGUCUAACUGGGCAAUCAGGUCUGGUACAGAACCCUUUGCCCCAAUGCUUAAGGGCCCAACUGGGAACACAAGGCAGCAGGUACAGAGUAUAUAGCCCAGGACCAGGACUGAGAGACACUUCCCUCAGCGAAGAGCAUUUUGGUGUACGCUUUGAAUUUUUCUUUCUCAGUGGGAUCACUGGCUGAAAGUGCAGCAACAAAGACACUUCAUUGUAGAUCAGGUGACUCAGACCUUCUGGAGAGCCUGGUGUCUUCUGGUUUGUGGUCAACCCAUAUUCUCCUUGACACAGCUGGCCUAAUGCUCUAAUUAGUUACACAACUGUAACACCUCUAACUAGGCCUUGAGGUGAUGAAUCGGGGAAACCCGUUUCUCACAGAAAACCUCUUGUGCAAUCCACAGUGAAGGAACUGAGGAAAAAUCCCAUAAAUAUCUCAUGUUGAAAAUGGUGUGCUUAAUCAACUGCCCAGGUUGGAACAGAAACAAAACGACGCAGGGCCACCCAGUAGCUGAGUUUGAGAGCCUUGCUGUAGACGACGAUUUGUUCAGUGUUUUAUGACGAUACAUUUACUCCUUGUGAAACAAACCAAUGAAGUGUAUGUGUAUUAGAUAUUCUAGUUCUAUUUAAAAAAAAAAGAAAAAUGAGAAAAAAAAGCAGUGUUAUUCCUCUUCAUGUACAGGUAGGAGCUUGGUAAGAUGUAUUCAAGGUUGUCCGAAUCAGUGAUGUCAACUCUGUACCAAUGUGAAUGUAAGCACACUAUGCCUACAUCAUUUUGUAUACCACAUUUUGUUUUUUUUACAGUGGUACUCUCAAGGGAUUGUCUCAAAAGUUGAUAAAGUAUGAAGUCACUAAAAGCCCUGAAGAGGCUGAAAGUAGCUGUAACAGAAAAAUGCAGAUGUGAAAAUGGCAGGAGGCCUUGUCUUUGGGUCCAUUCAUCUGGACAGCAGCGAAUGUCAUGGAAUUCAGCCACUGGAACGCCUAUUUAAAGCAAAGAAAGGUGCAUCUCAGAUUUGCCAAAACUUAGAACGAAAUAACCACUGAAAUGCUCUUUUAAAAAGGAGGAAGCUGCAGCAUUUACAAGGGUUUAGGAAGGAAGAUCACACCCUGAAGGUGAGGUGUUCUCAGGGUGGGAUUGUUUUGGCUUCACGCCUUGUCUUGUUUGGAGGAUCAAGGGGACUGACUAUUCCUUUAAAUGUGAGAGAUUCCCUCUGGGGAUCUUCUCUCAUUCAGAGCCUGGGAAAACACGGAAAUCUUAACCUGCUCCUGGCUGCUCCACGGGUUGCAGAAUCGGCUUUUCCAUUAAAGUGUAAACUCUUAUUUCUGACUGGGCUUCUUCUAAAAUACAAGACGUGGAUUUUUUAUAGGUACAGCAAGGUGACCUCUAUGAGAAAAACAAUAAAUGGGUUCAUAAUUUUUGCUUUUCGCUAAGAGCCCUUUAAUAUUGUUGAAAAUAGAAGAAGGCCAUUUCUGUGUGAUAUUUGGAGCUAUUUUUGUAAUGUUGUACAGUGGCUAAUACUCAAUAAGUUGGAAAAAAAGGAGAAAUCCAAUAGACUGAGAAUGAAUACAGUAAUUACAGAGUAACUGGCUUUAGUCAAGUUUAACUAAUGAUAUAAAUCUAAGUGCAGGUACUUAGAUUUAAUAGGUGUAAUCCACUUGAAUGCUGUAGGCUCUGAUGAGAUUUUAAUUUGCAGACUUCCUUAACACGGUAUGAAGGCACAAUUCUCAUUAACAAGACAUCUGAGAAAAAGAAAAUCAAAUUUCCCUGUUUGCAGCUAAUCCCCCUUCAAACUUUUCCUUAAUUAAAUUUGGGACUUCGUCUUUUUUUUUUAAAACAAAGCAGCCACCUCCCAUAUAAAAAAAACAAACAAACAAAAGUAAGCUCUUCACUGUGCGCUUGUCUGUAGUCCUCACAAAGGACUGAAAGUUGUCUUUAAACCUAAAACUUUUGAGAGCAUCCCUGGUUUGGUUUGGGUGUGAGUUGGGGAGUGUUGGACAUAUUAACAGUGCUUCGUGUUUACUAUUUGUGGUAGCACAUCUCUAAUGUAUCUGUAAGCUGUGAGAUAGGGUAAUGUACACAAAGUGAUAUUGAUUGUAAUUCAGUAUAUCUUAAUGGACUCUUUAUUAAACUGUUUAAAGUCUUGUGUUUCCUGUACUAUUAAUGCGCUCUUGUUAAAAUACUUCUUGGACCAAUUUCUAGCAUGGGUUAUUUUGUUAUAGGCUUCUUAUUCAUGAUUUUACUUCCAACAUGACGGUACAUUUUCUGUAAAGGUACUGGUUUGCAAGCACCAUUGCUUUUUGCCAAAUUAAAUUUGCGAUUGUCUUUUCAGGUCAUGAAAAUAAAAAUCUUGUUUUU